AUGUACCUGAUGCUUGGAACGAGACCUGACCUGGCUUAUAGUGUGAGCUUCCUGUCUCAAACUCUCGCCACAGCGUCAACAGAAGAUGUAGUGCGACUAAAGCGAGUGCUAAGGUAUUUAGCAGGCACAUGUGACCUAGGCAUAAUCUAUCGUCCAAAAUUGUGCAGUGACAUAUUUGAUUGCUACAGCGAUGCAGACUUCGGAGGUUUCAACAAAACAGGACGGUCAACAUCUGAUGUACUUAUUACACAUGCAGAUGGAGCUAUCUCCUGGCUCAGCCAAAGACAGGUAGUGACUGCAACAUCUACAACAGAAGCAGAGCUGGUAGCUGCAACAGAAGCUGUGAAGGAGAUUGUCUGUGUAGACUUUAGAGGGAUGAGAAAGCUGAGUGAAGUUCCAGUCCUUAAGGUUGACAAUCUGGCAACAGUGAAACUCGCACACAACCCAGAGUUCCAUCAUCGCACUAAACAUAUGAAAAUAGAGUAUUUCUUUGUCCGAGAAAAGGUGUGGGAAGGAGAGUGA